AUGACGAGCAGUGGAGCGGGGCCGCCGUCCAUGUGUGCGGCGCUGCAGCCCAUAGGCCGGCGCAGCUGUCUCACACUGCAGGCGGAACCACUGGCUGCCGUGUGCCAAAGAAGAAGAAGAGAAGAGGAAGAAGAGGAGGAAUUAGAAGAAGUGGAUCCAAGAAUCCAGGGAGAACUGGAGAAGCUGAACCAGUCCACCGAUGACAUCAACCGCUGGGAGAGCGAGCUGGAGGACUGCCGUCAGCGGUUCCGCGCGGUGCUGGUGGAGGCGACGGUGAAGCUGGACGAGCAGGUGAAGAGGAUCGGGCGAGCCGUGGACGACUCCAAGCCAUACUGGGAGGCCCGCAAAAUAGCAAGACAGGCCCAGGUCGAAGCCCAGAAGGCCACUCAGGAGUUCCAGCGGGCGGUCGAGAUCCUGCGGGCGGCCAAGGAGACCAUCGCCCUGGCCGAGGAGCGGCUGCUGGAGGAGGACAGCCGGCAGUUCGACUCCGCCUGGCAGGAGAUGCUCAACCACGCCACCAAGAGGGUGAUGGAGGCCGAGCAGGCGAGGACGAGCGGCGAGGCCGAGCACAAGAAGACGGCGGCCGAUUACAACUCCUGCGUCGGCCGCAUGAGGCAGCUGGAGAAGAAACACAAGCGCUCCAUCAACAAAUCCAGGCCGUAUUUUGAACUGAAAGCCAAGUAUUAUCUACAGCUCGAGCAACUCAAGCGCCACGUGGAUGAGCGUCAGGCCAAACUUUUGGCCGCGAAGGCCGACUACCGCGCCACGUUGCGCAACCUGGAGGGCAUCUCCGAAGAGAUCCACGCCCAGCGGCGCUCCCUCGCCAUGGGCGCCCGGGAGCAGGGCGUCGGGGCGGAGGGGGACGGGCCCGACGAGGACAUCGCCAGCUUCACCAUGGAGUCCGACGGCCUGUCGAUGGUGUCCGUCUCAAUCGAUGAAGAGGGCAGUCACGGCAGCAGCUCAGAGGAGGAGACCAACCCUCACGCCGCCGCCUCCUCCCCCCGAGCCAUGCCCUCCUCUCCAUCACCAUCAUCACCACCCUCCUCCUCCUCCUCCUCGAAACCUUCCACCUCUGCCUCCACCCCCUUGGACAUGCCCUCCUCCUCCUCCUCUCCUCCCUCCCCCUCCUCGUGCCUCUCCUCCUCGCCCUCUGAACUCUCCUCCUCCGGCCCCGGUGGGCAGGAGUCGGCGAGCCCCUGCGGCCCCGGUGACCCGGACCCGGUGUGGGGUUCUCCUCUCCUGGGCCCUCGGAGCCGGUGCAGCGGAGCUUCUUCUCCAGACUGCGACCAGGAGAGAGGUGACCGAGCGGAGGGAGCGGAGGCGGCGCUGCACGCCGGUUUGAACAAGUUGACCUCGACCGCGGCUCAAAAACAAAAAGACGAGGAUGAACAAGACCUCCGCGUCGGCUCAGCCACGCUGCUCCUCAACGGCGUCUCAUAAACCUCGACUUCAGGAUGAAGAGCUAAAUCUACACCCACCCCCCCCCCCACGCUCAAAGCAACCUGCCACCACGUCUCCGUACUGUCUUAACCUCAAGCGGUGUCCUACUAGAAGGUGCUAUAUACAUCGUUUUCAAGUCAAUUGUGAGCCUGUUGUGUAAAAUAAGAGCAGGGACCAGGAGGACCGGCCCGUGUCGGCGUCAUUACCGCGAGCGUUAUUCAAAAGACAGCGUUCCUCGUAGAUCUCACGUCUCGCCAGUGCUAAGUGGGUUUUUCGUGCCAUUGAGCGGAUUUCUACUAGCUCCGCCUCUUUCGUCUCUUUUAGGUUCUCUAGAGGCCGUGAAACUUUACAAAAAUGGUGUAACCCGUCUACGGCUUUGAUGUAAUGUGUCAAAAUGAGUGUCAAAAACACACAUAUAUUAUAUAUUGACGUCAAUAUUCAACAGUGAGCCUCUUGAAGCAAGACGUCGAACGAGGGGUCGUUCCUCGACUGGCGAGCUCCGCUUUUAGCUCCUAAAUGUUGGGUUUCGGAGGGAGUAAUUGUGGAGGAGGAACGAGGAGCGCAAGCAGGCCUCCCUGCAGAUGGACCGAGUGGUCUUUCCUUUGGAUUUGUGAAUGAGUGAAUGGACGAGUGCUGCUCUCCAUCCGAGGAGGUUGGAGAUUGAGCACGUUUGAGUGUGUGUGUUGUGUUUUUUGGGGAAGGACUCAAAUACUAAACAUGUAGGACAAAUAUUCUAUAUUUAUACUCCUGUAUUCUUGUAUAUGAACAGUGGUUUGUGGUCACUUUUUUUUAUUGUUUAACAAACAAAAAAAGCAAUAAAUGUGCUACACUCAACAGAUUAUUCUUA